UUUAUUUUAUAAGUACUAGUAGACCAAUGUUUAUGUAUUAAUUAAAUAUGUACUUAUAAUGGAUAGGAUGUAGUACGGUCUGUCGUGGUUGACAUGUAGCUUGAUUGAUGGUAGCGUACAUUUUUAUUGUUGAAUGAGAUAAAAAGUCAAGACUAAUACAAUGAACACGUCUUCAACAGUUGAUAACUCUCUUGGCAGCAAGAUGAUGACGUCCCUUGUUUUCAUCUCUUCCCUCCUUCUCUGUGUUUUAAAACCCAGCUUAACAGAAUUGAAUACAACUGUCGAGCUGUUGAGUUUUAAUUCAACGAAAUACGUCUCGAUACAAUCUACAACAACGAACACUCCAUUUGAAUUAAAUACAACGGACACUCCAUUUGAAUCAAAUACAACGGACGAUCCGUUUGAAACAGAUGCCACGGAGGAUCCUUUAGAAGUGGAUGAAGAUGAUGAUUCAUCUAAUAAUGACACGAGUAGCGAUGAGCCACCGUAUAGGUACAGCGAAGAUCAGUUGAGCUAUUAUGCUCAUCUGUAUGAGAAAUUUAUGGAGCGUGUUCCAGGUCUGCUAGACAGACAGAACGUCACCAGUCUCCCGCCAUCCAAGAUUUGUUUAAGGAAAGAAUACAGACUUCUAAGUGACCAGGAAAGAGCGAGGUUCCAUUCAGCUAUCAACACUCUCAAGAAUGAUAUUUCUGUGAGACCCAAUAAAUACGACGCUAUUGCACUUAUCCAUAGUGGAGGGAAUCUCAAAGUUGCUCAUAGAGGUCCCGGAUUCCUAGGAUGGCAUAGGCUGUAUCUGAUGAUCUAUGAAACAGCUCUUCAAGAAGUAGACCCGAGUGUCUGUCUGACUUACUGGGACACAACUAUAGAAUCUCGCCUUUACGACCCCUCCGAGUCCUCUCUUUGGUCGCACGAGUUACUGGGCUCACCUGAGGGUCGUGUGACUAGCGGUCCUUUUGCCAACUGGACAACGCCGACAGAUAAACCGCUUUCAAGAGAGAUAGCACAAGAUGGCGGCCUUUUUACACCAAAAAUAAUUUCAGAUAUACUGUCAAGAUCAAGACCCGAAGAGAUCACUACAUCCAAUACGACAAAACCAAAGUUUGACCUCGAGUCGUUCCAUGAAGGCGUCCAUGCAUUUUGUGGUGGAGCCAUGAAGUUGUUUGCCACAGCCGCCUUUGAUCCAUUGUUCUAUCUUCUGCACACUUUUAUAGACCUGAUUUGGAGUCUGUUUAGAGACAAUCUUAAAAAGCAUGGAGUCGAUCCUGAGACGUUUCCAGUCAUUAAAAACUCUAGUCAUCUACAUAGCAGUAACUCGCCGACUUAUUUCGGUAAUCUUACCCACACUGAUGGCUACUCCGAGAUCUUGGCCAACUCUGUGACUUAUUGGAAGUCUCCUGUUUGUAAUGAGACGAAACCAGACUGUGACUCAAGGUUUCUGAUCUGUGAGAAAGAAAGUGGGCGGUGCCUGCCUACCAUUUCAAACGAUACCAUCACGGCGAAUAUGUCAAUGGGUGAACCCGAUUAUUUUGAUGAUAUGGGGUGGACUACCAGAUUAGUUGAUUUUGAUGACGACUAAACAUACUAAAUAAUAGUUUUAAUCUGGGAUUAAAGUCAAAUACAUUUUU